AUGACACUAAGCGUUGUUGGAUUAUUCGCAGUACUGCUGAUUGUAUAUCUCAUCAUAUCAGUGGGAAGACGAGACUCCAAACUCCCACCAGGUUCGUGGACCAAAGAAACUGUAUUGAAUGCGUAUGCUGACCAUCUAGGGCCACCAACACUCCCCAUUAUUGGAAACUUAUUCGCAGAAUGGGCAAAGGAAUAUGGCGAGAUUUUCUCCCUCAAACUCGGCCCCGCGACCAGCAUCGUCCUCACAUCACCACGCCUCGUCAAGCAACUUGUAGAUAAGAAGUCAAGCAUAUACAGUCACCGACCUGACUCUUACGUCGGUUACGACAUCAUAUCACAGGGAGACCAUCUACUGCUUAUGCAAUACUCGGACCAAUGGCGAACAUGUCGCAAGCUAGUCCAUCAGUUCUUCAUGGAGAGCAUGGUCCUCAAGACCCAUCUCGCUGUUGUGGAUGCAGAAGCUGUCCAGCUGGUGAGAGACCUGAUUGUUCAACCCCAAGACCAUAUGGCACAUCCAAAAAGAUUCAGCAACAUGUAUGGAUCGAGAACACCCGAUAUCAACACCACGCACAUGAAGAAGCUCUACGCCCUGAUGGAGAUCUGGUCCAAGGUGAUGGAACCUGGAAACGCUCCGCCCGUAGACGUCUUCCCCUUCCUCAAGUAUCUCCCCGAGAAACUGUUCGGAAACUGGCGUUCUCGCGCUCAAAACGUGAGCAAGGAAAUGAACAGCUUGUAUGACGAAUGGCUCAACCGUGUAGUGGACAGACGCUCAACACUAGGUUCACGAAAUUGUUUCCUUGACCGCGUUCUCGACCAAGAAGACAGUGGAAAGCUCUCCCUGAAUCGACAUGCAGUGUACUUUCUGUGUGGUACACUCAUGGAAGGCGGUUCAGACACUACGAGCUCAAUCAUCGUUGCCUUUAUCCACGCCAUGACAAAAUGGCCGAGCGUGAUGAAGAAAGCUCAAGCGGAGAUUGAUGCCGUCAUAGGUGAGGAUAGAUCACCAACGUGGGAGGACUACGCACAGCUUCCAUAUGUCGCGGCUUGCGUCAAAGAAACUAUGCGCUGGCGUCCAGUCGUGCCUCUCGGGUUUGCACAUCUCGUCAGCGAGGACGACACAAUCGAUGGUAUGACGAUCCCCAAGGGCAGUCAGAUCUUCGUCAAUGCCUUUGGGAUGCAGCAUGAUUCACAGCGGUUCCCUGACCCAGAUACAUUCAAUCCAGAUCGCUAUGCUGGUGUUACGCAGCUUGCGUCCGAACUCGCGAAUGGCGACUGGGAGAAGCGCGAUCAUUAUGGCUAUGGAAGCGGGAGGAGAUUAUGCCCGGGUAUUCAUUUGGCGGAACGGAGCUUGUUCCUUGCUUUUGCAAAGAUACUCUGGGCGUUGAAUAUCGGGCCUGGUGUUGACUCGGCGAAUGAGGUUAUAAAGCCGGAUGUUAGCAACGAAACAGCGUAUAGUUCUGGGUUCUUGGUAUGUGCUGAGAAGUAUCCUUGCAGAAUCACCCCCAGAUCUCAGACUCGUAAGGAGACUAUCGUCAGGGAGUUUGACAAGGCUACGAGAGAGGUGUUUGUAGAGUUUAGCAAUGUCAAGGUUUGA